AUGGCUGUUGGUGACUUUCGGGAAUCAACUUCCAACAACGUGGGAACGGUCCAAGUUUAUCACUCGACCCUUUGGCUGGCUCGGGACGAACAACUGUCCAAGUAUGUCGCGCUUAAAGUGGCCACGGCGGACCACAACUCCAAGGAGAUCGACCUAUUGAGCCAACUGUCCGCCCUUGCCGAUGAAAACGCGCAGGAUCCCAGAAAUUUUAUCCCCUUGAUAUUGGAUCGCUUCAACCUCGACGGGCCAAAUGGAACACAUCCGUGCUAUGUCACUGCGCCGGCAAGAUGCAAUCUCGCUGAAGCCUUGGACCCAGGCUGUGGCCCGUUUCCGCUUCGAGUCGCCAGAUCACUUGCCACCCAGCUUGCCAUGGCGGUUACAGUUGAUGGACAGCCACUCCCACCAGGUGUCCCACCCCACGUCUAUCCGCCGAUCUGGCUCGGCAAACCUGGCGACGAAGUCACUCUCCCUGAAGCCAAGCUCGUCCUCGCCGAUUUUGGGACGGCGUUCUGCCCUGCACAGGAAUCAAGGUUCGAGUUCUACACGCCACUCCAGAUCCGUCGACCUCAAGCAAGAUUCGAGCCGAUAACGCCCCUGUCGUAUGCAUCUGAUAUCUGGAGCCUCGGGUGUGUCAUUUGGGGGAUCCUUGGAGUGAGACCAUUCCUUGAUAACUGGCAUAUUUGGGCCAGAUGA